AUGAUGGAGCUGGUGCUGCCCAAUGACGUACUUCUCUUGAUAGGAGAGCAGCUGGAACAGAAAGCAGACCGCUGGAACCUCAUAUUUGUCUCUCAUCAUUUUCACGAUCUUUUUCUCUCGCUGGUAUAUCGAAAGGUUUCUAUCUACAAUUGGCAAGAUGCCAAUUCCUUUUUGCAUGCCAUACUGGAACGACCUGCGCUGGCGCGGGCCGUUCGGGAGCUAGACCUAACAGACUGGCAUGCCAAAAGCGUAUCGGAUGACGACUGCAACCAAAUUCAGACCUCGGCAGCUUUGAGGGCAUGGCUGGAAGCUGUAUCGUGCUCAACGCUUGAAAGUGACCAAUGGGCCCAACGCCUCGGACAAGGCCUCGCUGACGCCUGGGUUGCGCUCAUCCUCCCAUUGUUAAGUCAGCUGAGGAAGCUUUCACUGGCCUAUACGACAAAUUCUCCAUAUUUGGAGCGGAUCGUGCAAAGGGCUGUUGAUUGCAAACACCCAUUUUCCGUCCAACCAGCCUUCCGGCACUUGCACGAGGUCUCGCUGCAUCAUCGGGAAGAUCUCGAUCAUAGCGAGCACCCGGACGAUGCGAGAGCUGAGACUCAGCUAUCAUCAACACUCCUCUUGCCAUUUUUCCAACUGCCGUCUCUUCGCGCAAUCACAGCCAACUCUGUAGUGGAUCCUACUUCCAUCACUCCGCCCUCAGAGGAAUUGACUGAUGAUGACAAGCCACGUCUUGGCUUCUCCUCGAUCACCAACAUUGAUUUGCGCGCAAGUAGUGGGAAUCAUGGCAUGGAGAUGUUGGUUAGUUCAUGCGCCGAUCUAAAGUCAUUUAAAUAUCAGCAUUCAGACUCGCAUGUCCUUUCGCAUGGCUACCAACCAUCCGCCUUCCAUCGCUCUCUUACCCACAGCAAAAAGAGCCUGAAAACCCUAUGGCUGGACCACUAUGGUAGUCACUACCCUUUCACUGCUGCCGGGUUGAAUCAAUCCCACGACGAGUGGUUCGGCUCACUUGUUGAUUUCACUGCCUUGGAAGAAGUGCGUGUGAGACUGCCAAAUCUUCUGGAUAUUCGAUACCAGAACGAACCAACCACGCCUCUCAUGGAAUGUCUCCCAUCAUCCAUUGAGACUCUUUACAUUGAAGGGUGUGAAGAGCGAUAUCUGGGAAUGUUGGUUUCCCAAUUACAGGCCGUGAUCAAAAAUCGCCAGACUCGCUUUCCUAAACUUAAGCGUGUCGAUGUCGAGGGCGCAUUCCAAAAUGUCCCGUCGGAUGACGAUGGUCAGGGUGCCAGCUCCAGGCCGAAUGCACUUGAAGCUGUGAUCAAGGACAAAAUAUAUCAGGCUGCUGAGCCUUUGCAUAUAGACUGUGUCAAUGCUGGGUUGGAGUUGCAUCUUCACGACCGUGCUCUAUCGCAUAUAUGA